UCUCGGCAAUUGGAUGGCCUCGCCCGCGAGACCGACGGAGUCCACCGGCACACCCCAGGAGGAAGCCGCCGCCCGCCAGUCUCUCAUGGGGAUCUCCCAGUCCGUCCCGGCGGCAGGGGAAGCCCUGAGCGACAAGUCGACCAACGGCCACAUGGAGCAUGGCGGGCAGGACAACACUGCGGCGGCCGACAAGUACAGGUCGAUGCUCAUGUCCAUCGCCAACCAGUCGCCGGAGGCGCGCCAGCAGCCCACGCCGUGCCCGCACACCAACGGCGUCGCUUAAGCUCAAACUUGGCCCUGUAAUAGUAACACUAGUACUACUGAUUAGCCCUGCAACUGUGGAUAUUGUGGGACACUGGCCCUAAAUAAUCGAGAUGUUUGUGGGGGUGCUUGGAGAUGCAAUACAUAGUUGCAGGCCAGAGCCUUGCUUCUUCGAUCUUGGCCUGAAAUAUUUCCGUGUGUAAA